AACGCGCGGCGCAGCCGGCCCGGGAUCCCGGCGGGAGGAGGUGGGGGGACGGCUUAGUCUGCUGUCUGGGGUACCUGCAGCCGCACAGCCACCGCCUGGGGACAGACCCCCCUGCCCUGUAACAACGGGGAAGCCAUGGAGCGCUCCCUGCACCGCGUCUCCCUCGGGAGCCGGCGCGCCCACCCGCACUUGUCCUUCUAUCUCACCACCUUUGGUCAGCUGAAGCUGUCCAUUGAUGCCCAGGACCGGGUUCUGCUACUGCACAUUAUGGAAGGCAAAGGCCUGAUGAGCCACGAGCCUGGCAUUUGUGAUCCCUAUGUGAAGAUCUCCUUGAUCCCCGAAGACACCCAGCAGUCCUGUCGGAAGACGCAGACCAUCCCGGACUGCAGAGACCCAGCUUUCCACGAGCACUUCUUCUUGCCUGUCCCAGAGGAGGGUGAUCAGAAACGUCUUCUGGUGACUGUGUGGAACAGGGCCAGUGAGACCAGGCAGCGCGCUCUCCUCGGCUGCAUGAGCUUCGGGGUAAGGUCCCUUUUGACUCCAGACAAGGAGAUCAGUGGCUGGUAUUACCUGCUAGGGGAGGAUCUGGGCCGGACCAAGCACCUCAAGGUGGCUAGGCGGCGGCUCCGGCCCUUGAGAGACGUGCUGUUGAGAAUGCCAGGAAAUGGGGACCCUGAGAGUGGGGAGAAACUCCAGAUCACUAUCCGGAGGGGCAAAGAUGGCUUUGGCUUCACCAUCUGCUGUGAUUCUCCAGUUCGAGUUCAGGCCGUGGAUUCUGGGGGCCCAGCAGAGAGGGCAGGACUGCAGCAGCUGGACACACUGCUACAACUGAAUGAGAGGCCUGUGGAGCACUGGAAGUGUGUGGAGCUGGCACACGAGAUCCGGAGCUGUCCUGGUGAGAUCAUCCUGCUCGUGUGGCGCGUGGUCCCCCAGAUCAAGCCAGGGCCGGACGGUGGAGUUCUGCGGCGGGCUUCCUGCAAGUCCACACAUGACCUCCUGUCACCCCCUAACAAGAGGGAGAAGAACUGUACCCAUGGGGCCCCAUCCCGUCCUGAGCAGCGCCACAGCUGCCACCUGGUGUGUGACAGCUCUGAUGGGCUCCUGCUUGGUGGCUGGGAGCGCUACACCGAAGUGGGCAAGCGCAGUGGCCAACACACCCUGCCGGCCCUGUCGCGUGCCACCACCCCUACCGACCCCAACUACAUCAUCCUGGCCCCACUGAACCCCGGAAGCCAGCUGCUGCGGCCUGUGUAUCAGGAGGAUGCCAUCCCCGAAGAACCAGGGACUACCACUAAAGGGAAAUCGAACACCGGCCUGGGCAAGAAGUCCCGACUGAUGAAGACAGUGCAGACCAUGAAGGGCUACAACAACUACCAAGAUUGCUCAGCCCUGAGACCACAUGUCCCGCAUUCAAGCUACGGCACCUAUGUCACCCUGGCCCCCAAAGUCCUGGUGUUCCCCGUUUUCGUGCAGCCCCUAGAUCUCUGUAACCCUGCCCGGACUCUCCUGCUGUCAGAGGAGCUGCUGCUGUAUGAGGGGAGGAACACAGCUUCCCAGGUGACACUGUUUGCCUACUCAGACCUGCUGCUCUUCACUAAGGAGGACGAGCCAGGCCGCUGUGACGUCCUGAGAAACCCCCUCUACCUCCAGAGUGUGAAGCUACAGGAGGUUUCCCGCCUGUCCCUGACACCACGCUGGCUCUUGGGAGAAGCUGGUUACUACUCAUAUCACCCUGCUUCCAGAUUGGGAUAUACAGGCUGGGGGCUGACUGGGCUUCCCCUCCUGGAGGCCCAGGGCCUGGAUUUGGAGUUUGAGGAAUUUGUACACACUCUCCUGUACCAGGCAGUGAUGUUCAUGGUGGGUGGUAAGAGCUAAGGGGUGCAGAGAGGCUCCCCAGAGACUCAGUUGCAUGCAGAGAUGGUCUGGGGCUGAGGCCGUGUCUGCUUGUGGAUGAUGGGACAGUCACAAUGAAAACUAAGGUCAAAGCUAAGGGUGACCCCGGCAGCGCAUCUCAGGCAAGAUGAUCACAGACACAGCCUGUCCUGCAUUUCCUGGGUAGACCACAGGUCUGAGAGGGGUUGAAAGUGAAUCCUGGGACGCCUGGAGCUGCUGAGAUGGACGGAGAAGGCUAGUUGGAAGGAGCACUCAAGGUACAUGAUUCAGGACUUAGAUUUACUUAUAGACACCAAACGGAGCUCACCAUUCAGCUCUCUUCAGAUAGGCUCUGUGUUCUGAAGUCCCACGCCUCCUGCUGCAGCAGCCAGAGUCAGAGAUGUGGGGUUCAGUGUCCUGAGGCUGGUGCCAUUUCCUAGCCCCUCCCACAUGCCCCCAAAGAGGCCAUUUGGGAGUUAGCCGGAGUGUCUGGUGGCAGAAUGGUCUCUCUUAGGUUUCUACUUGAUUUCAAGUCAGUUUAGGGGGCCAAAAGUUGUUAAACAAAGAAGGUCUCCAGCUUGGCAGGCUGGGGCUGGCAGGUGCUGCUCCCUAGCAGGGCAGAAUCCAGUCUAUCCCUGGGACCAAGGACUCCCUUGUGACUUGUUUGCUGCGGCCUGGCUCUGCUGCUCAACCCUAUUCCUGGGACUGAACAGGGAGCAUGGCAUAGUCAGGUGACCAAUGGACACUUGUUUCUGUAAACAAUGGAUGGCUAAGAGGAGACCAGAGUGCCGCCUUAGCUUGGCAGUGGGUGGCUCCUCCACCGGAGUUCCAGAGUCAGGUCACGCCUCCUGUCAGCUUCUCCCAGGGUUCGUCAGGACUGAGUGGCGAUGUGAUGGGAACAGGAGGAGAGCCGGUGCUAACAACUGGGACAUCUCCGGUCAGCUGGGGCCCAUUGUGGUCUCUUCCUGCUACUGCUGCCUGCUGGUUUUGCUACUCUUGUGUUUCUGCCCCCCUGGCAGCCAGGGUCACACCCACGGUGUGUCUUUCUGGCCUUGUCUGUUCUUAGAUACAACCUGGAAAUGUCUGUCUGACUCAUGGGCUUUCCAGGCACACUGGAGAGCCAGGAUUCCAGCUUAGAAACUCAGCUGCCUCAGCCCCAGCUGCUCGAAUGAUUGCUUGACGUUAUCUCAGUUGUCCUCCAUGCUCACCUUAGUUCUGGCCACGGCAGUGAGAGCUGGGGACAAUCCUCUCCACCCUGGAGUUCCUAGCUGGCCGGGAUCACAGACAUAUACAUAGGAUUAGGAAUCCAGGCUUUGUGGGGAGCUCUCUGUCCUGGGUUCAGAUCUCAGCCCUGCCACUUACUGUCUACAGAGUUCCCUUGAGAACAUAGACAAGAGCUCUCUGGCCGGCCUCCACUAGUGGAGAAGGUUUGGUGUUCUCUGGGUAAGUGCUAGAUAGAUAAGCAGACACGGGCCGGGAAGCCUUCUCUGGCCUCCUAGGUGACACAUGAUUCCCUAAUAAUUCCUCCUGCAUGGUCUGUGCAUCACAUGGGAGAAGUUAGCCCACUCUGAAACUACAGACUCCUUGAUAAAUUCCAAAAUGGCAGAGGCAGUAAGUGUGAUUCAAGGAAAACCCCCAUGUCGGAAGCCUUGGUGUCCGGCUCUUCCAGCAAGGCAGAGGUUCUCUGCAGUUCUGUCCAGAGCUGCAAACACUCCUUCCCUGGCACCCUCGGCUCUGAAUCCUGCUACCCACUGCUGCCAGCACAGAUGCCAGGGAGGGGGCAGGGCUGGUGUCAGAGCGCAGAGACACAGGGACUGUCUGACAGUGUGUUUCUCCAGCCUCAGCUCCCAUCCUCCUGAUUCUCUCAUCUCUCAGUCCUGUUCUGUACUUCUAAGGCCUUCUCUCCCCUAUUACUUUCUUACAUGGAUUGUAGUGGUCUCUGCCUUAGACUGGGGUCUUGCUAAGAAAUACUUCAGUAUGUUUUCUUAAGCAAAGGAAACCCCUUGUCUCCCUCUCACCAACACACAGAACCACAGAGACAUUGGGAUCCAUUCUCUUCAACACUACAGAUAUCUGAGGCAGGGCCGGUUUCCAUGUGGGGAAAAGUAGAAAGACUGAGUCCAAGUCCAGAGUGGACCUCCAUUUACUUAUGGGACUUUUUGUUCUAGCUCUGCCCGGCAGCUCCCUCCCCUUGGGAUGUGUUCACUCUCUUGCUCGAGGAGGCCUGGCUUCCCUUGGUUAGGUCUCUAUCUCCCUGUGUUUUUAGAGCUUGGCUUGAUGUGCAGUCUGCUCCUACCUCGAUGCUUCUCCUAGUGACAGACCCUGUUUGGUUUGCUGGUUCCUUUGCCUUACGUAUGCAUUGAAGGGGUCCCCUGGAGCUUGGCAUUUGAGAGGCAAGCUGUGCGGUGAUUGAGUGUGAGCCAUUGAACUGGGCUACAGGUCCUACCACCUGGCCCAGUAACUUUCCCCUAUGGGUCCUCUGUUCUCACAUGAGCCAAGGAUGCUAGGAGCCCUGCCUCCUAGUGGACAGGAAUGAAUACAGAGGCAAGUACUCUCAGCCCCUGAGCUGACUGGUGGAAGCAUUUGGGGCAGCACUUGGCCCAGAUCACUGUGGUACUCCAGGGUCCCUGACACUUCAAGUGGCUUGCUGUUACUUGUGUUGGAUAGUUGCUUUCCUCAAAAACUGACACCCUGCUUGGUAAGGCCAACAGCUGGAAGUGCAGGGAGUCCCCAACCCUCCCAGGCCUGUGUCCAGAUAACACUUCAGAGACAGUGCAGCCAAAUCCCGAGGCAGAGGGGGUGAAGGGAGCAGGGCAGGUGUCCUGGUGGGGGCUUGUGCGCUUCUGUGCGGACUGGCCCAGUUCCAUCUCCACGCUCAUGGCUAUACCAUCCCCACCUCCCAGUGUUCCCUUCCUUUCCAUCUGGAGUUCUCCUGAACUAAGAGUCUUCCCAAGAAGGGAAGGGAACAGCCCACCGCCCGCCCUAAUCUUCUCCAGUUUUGUAAUGGGUUGAGUUUGCCAUAAUUGACCAGCAGUGACAGUCUAGAGAGCGUGGCCAUGUUGAAGAGCUGUCUGCCAGGAUGCGCAGAGAUGGGACUGAAGACUGCCCCUCGCUGACCCGUGCUUCCCUGAGUGAGGAACAAGGUCCACUCAAAGGUUUAAUGGCUCCCUGUUAAAUUUCAAAAUAGAAAAGGUGGUAGAGUUUAAGGUGUAGGUACUUAACCUGUGGGUAGCGACCCUUGGGGUCGAAUAACCCUUUGUCAGGAAUCACAUAUCAGGUAUCCUGCAUAUUAGAUAUUCGCAUUAUGAUUCCUAGCAGUAGCAAACUUAUAGUUAUGAAGUGGCAAUGAAAAUUUAUGGAUGGAGGGUCACCACAACACAAGGGGUCGCAACAUUAGGAAGGUUGAGAACCAGUGGUUUAAGAGAAACCGCAGAAGUGUGCUACCUCUCCAGCAGAAUUCUGGGAGGAAGGAGUCCUUCUGGGAUACAGAUAACUCCCUGUACCUGGCCAUUAGGGGUCAGAGGGUCUCCUGAGAAUGGGGUUCCGGCAUUCUCUGAGUCAGGUAGGCAAAAGCCUUUCAACUGUGCAUCACUUGGAUGGGUAAGUUAGUGAACUUUGCUCUAGAGACUGCUCUGCUCCCCACACCUGCCCUCUCCUUUCUCUUGUUAGGGGAGGCACCACACGCAGCCUCCUGGGUGAGAUACUGACUGUGCCCAGAGAGGCUUUGGUUGGGUAGCCAAUUCUAAUGUGAGUCUUCUUUUCUGUUCUCU